AUAUUUUGAGCGAUGGGUUUUGACACAGACUGUUUAAGAAUAGUCAGCAUGAACGCCACGGGGCGCAAGGGAAGGGAGUACUAUGACUUCCGACAGUCCAACUUGCGGCACCUGGUGGAAAAUGAGAGGCCUGAUAUAAUGUUUCUUCCGGGAGACAACCCAGGACCAGACACAUUCACACAUACAAGCUAUCAGCAGUUACUGGACCCCACCAACAACGAGACGGUUCUUCUAUAUGAUUCCACGCGUCUGAAGGUUCACCAAAGACCGACCGGGCCACAAUUCUCAAUCCCAAACUGUGAUUUUGACAAAGUUCUAACACCGCUUGUAGACAUCUACUCACCAGCUCCAGCACAAAGCAUUGUGAAGCAGUUCAUCUGCGUCUCUUGGCACUGGGAACUAACUUCCACCGGAGGAUCACAAGUUUUAUACGAAAACGGAAGAUCCUACAUGAUGUUUGCACAACUGCUCGCCUGGUUCACUGGAAACGAGGUUUUGAUUGGUGGAGACUUUAAUUUACCUAUGACAAAAAUUAAUGAACUGAUUAAAGAGCACAAUAAUCUGGUUCAGCAAGGCAUUGAAAGCUUGAAACCGGUUUUUCGGCAGCUAGGUUACAUGGAUUGCAUGACCGAAACAAUCCAUCGGCCUGAGCGAAGACUUCGGCAAUUAAAGCUCCACAAAUGCAAGAGUGCAAAUGCAACGGAAACAAAUUUCUUUGUGGCGUCCAAAGAGAUGCAACUGUUCGAGACCAGACAUGUGAAAUUGGAGAGUCUCUCAUAUCGCUGCGCCGGGCUACAGCUACAGACAAGAGUGGAGACUGGUUACCACCCAGAACCAACUUAUACCAAGACCCAGAUGUAUAUACCACAAAGGCCCCCAAAACAUAACGGGGGAUAGUAGAAGACUUAGAUUAAAACUCGAUUCUGAUCUUUUAGAAUGAUUUCAUAUUUAUUUUGUACAAUAACUUGAAUCUGUGUGUAAUUAUUUUUGUCUGCAAGUCUUUUUUACACCUGACAAUUUAUAUAAAUAUAUUUUAAAAAUAAUUACAA